GUGCAGUUACAGAGAAAAUACAGAGUCUGCUUCCUACGAGUGUAAAUAAACUUUAGAAAGAAGCGAAGAAAUUCGAGAAAAAAAGUUAUAAGGCUUCAACAACUGACGAUUCGCCAAGAUUUCCCUUAUCAAAUAUUUUCUAUUUUUGAUAGAUAAGUUUUAAAGACGUAUCUUCGGUGCGUUUGAUUGCGAGUUGUGAAGAAUACGGCGCUGGUGUCUGAGAUUCAUUCAUUGGGCCGCUGCCAUCCCGGGCUGGUGAACCCGUUUCAUCUCGAUCGUGAAAUCGAAUAGACCCUACCCCGGUAUACAUGUAGAAAGGAUUGGAAAAUGCAUUGGAAGAUAAGACUGGAGAUGUAGUGUCUUAGCCUUUUGAUAUUUGUUUUGCCUUUUUACCUUUUGGACCAAUUUUCACCAUGUCGUAUAGACGCUAUUCCAGAGACUUAGGUAGUUCGCCGUCAUUUGACCGGGGAUAUGGCAGUAUAUCCAGCGGAAGAAGUCAUGGAUCUACUUAUGAUAACAUGGGAACAAGUAAAGGUUAUAGUCCAACCAGUAAAUAUGGAGCUGGAAGUAGCAACUAUCUAAGUCCAUCGUACGGGUCUUCAUCCAAAAACUACUCCUCAUCAAAUUACCAGCCAUCUAAUCGAUAUUCAUACGGUGGAUCUAGUCCAUACAGUAGCAGCAAUAAAUUUUCAUCAUACGGCGGAGGAAGUAGCGGGCUGUACAGUCCUGUGAAGGACAGAAUUCAGCGUUUCUCAACAGGAGAAAACCGCUCCUCAAGACAAGACAUGUAUUCACCUCUCAGUAGCAAUCGUGCCCCUUCGGUAGGAAGGGACGUUUCAUACGGAUAUGAUAAGCAUUCCGCCAGAAGUGCAAGCUCAGAUCCAUAUGCUAAUAGGUCUGGCUAUCUCUCAGACUAUGGAGGAAGCACAAGAUCUUUUGGAUCGUACGACAACUCUUCAUUACGUUCAGGACGGAGUUAUGGAGGGGCCAGCAGAGAAAGUUCUCCCGUGAGUAACAGGUCGUCGAGGUAUGAGUACAGUGGUAGUGCCUCGCCGUCUUAUUCUACGUACACUUCUGAAGCUUCACCGCCUGUGUCAAGAAAAUAUGAAAGACAACAGGCAAGACCAUCUGAGACUGAAUACGAUCCAUACGAGCGCCGACGCUCGCGUGAUUAUGGUAUUCCCCCUCCACCUCGUAAAGAAAUGAUUUCUUCCGAAAGUGAUACAGACGACAGUGCGCCAGAAGCUGAAAAAGAUGGUGUUAAAGGACGAUAUCUUAUUUCCCGCGGGACAUCGCCGAUUCCAGAAGGUGGAACUCGACGCGAAAUCAAACAGUAUAAACGUGGGAAAUCAAACAGUAUCGCAAAGACCAAACGCAUUCGACCUUUAAGUCGUGAACUUAGACGAGAUGGUCGUUAUAGGGGUCGACCAUCAACAAAUGUGGUGGACUGUUCCACUCAAACCCUCGAGCCCCCAUCUCCAAGACGGAGUCGCCGCGGUUCUAUGGGUAGUAACGCUGGAAGUGGCGGAGUGGAUAUGCGCGAAAAGGCAGCUCUUGCAGCUUUAGCUAUGAUGGAAGAUGGAGGAGGAGGAACAGGAGCCGGUGAAGCAUUCUACAAGUACAGAGACAAGUUUUCGAAUCCCAUGCCACCUGGUUAUAACGAUGACGGCAACAAAUCAAAAAGGUACGGCUAUCGCGAUAGUGAACCUGCAGUUGCAGACGUACCGGGAGAAAAGUCUUGGAGAAAGGCAGUUUAUGGUGAUGUCGAAACUCCAAAAUCUUCCGUGGCUGAUUCGGAAGAUGAAGGCCCAGUUCGCAGAAGAAGAAGAGCUCCAAGAACGAGCACUCCUAAAUCACCAAACGAAAUCGACAUGGAAGACGCACGAAGUUCUCGCUACAGACAAAAAGAUAUAGAUAGAGACCCGAGACCGGAUUAUCAUCGCUCAUCUUCAAGAGAUAGUAUUCUUGAUGAAACACCCAGACGAAAACGACAUAGUAGUCGAGAGCUGCUAGAUGACCCAGUGGAGCCUGCAAUUAUUGUUCAUUCUCCUGUAGACCCACAACCUCCAGUGCAACGUCGUAGACGACACGGAAGUAGGGAGCUACUGGAUGAUCCAGUUGAUGCAGACGCUCCUUUAACACCAGAAAAUCUUUCUCUCCGUGACAGUAUUGAAAAGGUUCAGCAAUGGAAACAACAACUUCCUUUGCAAGAUCCUUUCUCUGGUGAAGUCAAUCCUGCCCCAAGUGGUCCAGUUCGAAAAUUAGAAGCUGGUUUCCCGAGAAGUGAUUCGGGUGAGUACUUCUCCGCGCAUGAUUAUCCUCCCUCAAAAUCCUCUAAACACUCUGAAAGGGACCUUUCAAGUCGCGAUGUGUCACCUGAUCGAAUGCGCGGUAGGCGUUCAAUGCGUGAACCGUCACCAACGCGUGAUGAAUCCCCGCCGUCUAGAAGGGGCAGGCGUGGAAGACUGCGAAGUGACCGGGAUGAUAAUGUAUUCGCAAAUGACAGUGGACAGGACUACAGGAUACCAAACAAAAGCUAUCGAAAAUCAAACUUGAAUAGAUCGCUUGAUUUGGAUGACGAUGCCGAUGGAGAUUCUAACUUAAGAGCCACAAGAAGCGAUUCAAGGGGUUUGAAUCCGCCUGCCCAAGGUAAUCGAAAAUCGGGCAGUUCUUCCGAUGCAUUUUCCAGAGAUGAUUCUCCUAAUCGUCGCCACUCUCGACAGUCAUCUUACGAGAGUCGACGAAUAAGAAGAGAAGGUUCGAGAGAAGACGCCCUGGAUGACAGAAAGCAACGUCGGGAUGGACACCAGAGUGAUCGUGGUCAGCACAGUGAUAGUUCCCAUUAUGGGUUCAAUCGCGAAGACUCGCCUAAUAGGUUUCAAUUUGUUAACAGGCGACAAAAAAGUAGACAUAAUUCACGUGAAGACAAUCUGGACGACCGGAAGCCUUACAGUAGACAGGGCUCUCACGACAACGUCUUAGAUGACCGGGGAACGGCGUAUAAUCGACCUAAGAGUCUAGGUGUGUCUAAUGAAAGCCUGGCUCAUAUGAGCAAUUCAUCGUCCAUCCCUUCUAUGAACUCAGUAGUACCAGAUGAUGGAAAUCUACGCAAAACAACUUCGACCUCCUCGGUCAUGUCCAACGAAACAAGAGCAACCCCUUCACCAAGGUCACCCAAUAAUUCAGGUAUGCAGAAAGGUAUGAAAAACGAUUCAGGGUUACCUGACCUUGUGUCGGGUUCUAAUGAAGCAAAUAGUCAACAGUCAAGCCGAAAGCCACCACAGCAGGCAAAGCGAACGAAAAGUGGUUUUAUUGGAACAAAUAUGGAUAUUGACAAUUUGUUAAACUCUGACGAUGAAGACUCAAAACUGGGCAAAAAUGCUUAUAAAGCAGACGGUAAAAAUGUUAGGAAAUCCCAAAACCUGAUGGAUGCACCAGUUCCCGAUCAUCCACACCCUAUACAGCCUAAGUCGUCAGAGGAGAAACUCGUGGAUAUUGAAGAACCGAAAACUGUUCAGAACUUAGGGGCUCCCCCUCCUGGUUCUACAGAAUCCCCGAUGUCUCCCCAGAGAACUCGGGGCCUGCCGUCGGCAGCGGCCCAGCAAAUGGCCAACAUUCUAAAAAACAACAAAGGAUCGGUCACCAUCAACGACAUUCUGAAUCUCUGUUUCAAGCCGCCACAGCCGAAGGUCAUCCGGGUACCGGGAGUUACAAAUCCGGAGGAUGAGCUUCACUUCCGGGGAUUCUCGUCAGCCAAUCAGCUGCUGGAAUACCUAGGUGUUGAUACUCAGAAGCUUGAAGACUGUGCCCUACAAAUAUACAGAUAUCACAAUGGAACUCAGGGAGAUUAUGGUACAUAUUUGGACUUGGAAUCCACCAUAGAUGAACAACAAGAAGAGCUUGAGGGAUUCCAAGACCAAGGAAAAACCAUUUUGCGGAGGAAGAAUGCCUUGAUCUUGAGGACACAGCUGACGGUUCGAGUACAUGCUGUGAUAGAAAAACUUUUGAAUUCACAUGGGAGAGAGCUGAGGCGAGCAUUGUUUUCACUGAAACAGAUUUUCCAGGAUGACAAAGACUUGGUCCAUGAGUUUGUUAACAAUGAUGGCUUGGACUGCCUCAUUAAAGUCGGAUCGGAGGCAGAUCAGAACUACCAGAAUUAUAUACUCAGAGCUCUGGGACAAGUGAUGCUGUAUGUGGAUGGUAUGAAUGGAGUCAUACACCACACCGCUACAAUACAAUGGCUCUACUCCCUCCUAGCAUCCAAGUUUCGUCUGGUUGUGAAGACAUCAUUGAAGUUGUUACUUGUGUUCGUGGAGUAUACAGAGUCCAAUACAGAAAUCCUCGUAGCUGCGGUCAAAGCAGUGGACUCAAAAAGAGGGGUUAAGCCUUGGUCCAAUAUCAUGGGGAUUUUGGAUGAAAAGGAAGGAGGAGACACUGAACUUUUGACGUAUGCCAUGACCCUUGUCAACAAGGUUCUGAAUGCCAUCCCAGACCAAGACACCUUUUAUGAUGUAACUGACGCUUUAGAGGAGCUUGGUAUGGAGAGGGUGACUCAGAGACACAUGAACAGAAACGGGGCUGACCUUGACCUUCUGUCUCAAUUCCAGAUUUAUGAGGCUGCUUUGAAAGCAGAGGAUGGUGAAGAGGAUGGAGAUCAAACACAAGUAGAAAAUCUCAGGAGAACACCAAGAAUUAAAGCAGAGGGAGAAAUGGGUAGAAAGAGUCGGCGAUAUUCUCUAGGAACAGGUCCCAACAAACUCCAUAAAUCCAAGAGUGUCCCAGAUCUCCACCCUGCUGAGGAAUACAAGAUCAGAAAGGAAAAACAAAAAGAGCGAUGUCAGCUGGUUCCAGAAGAACAUGAACAACACGAUCAGCUUCCAGAUCAACAGAUGAGAAUGAAGAAGUUUGAGGAGUUACAACAGAACUUAGAAGAAGAAGACCGACCCCCAGACAAACCCCUCUCCCCGCCGCAGUCUCCGAUGAACGGGGAGAUGCUUGGGGAGCAUGUGACCCCCGAGUCCAAGUGUCGCCAGUCCUCUUACCCAGCCUUUGAAGUCAACACGUAUGCUCCAAGGAGUCGGCAACAGCGUAGAGAACGACAGCGCUCAUUUCUUAAGGAACAGGAAAUGGAGCGAGCACGGCAACAUGUCUCUGAUCGUUACCAUGACAUUGACCGUGCUUCGGUGGCCAGCACAUCCAGCACGGGGUCAUGUGAUAGUAACUCACACCCUGUGGAGAUUGAGUCUAAAUACUCAUCACUGAGCUCGCUCAGUGACGUAGAAACAAAUGAUCACUCGAGGGUUCAUGAGAAAAGAAGAGGGCAACCGAAGCUGUUACUGCAGCCUCAGAAACCAGAGGACACCAUCUCUAAAGAAUCAGGAUACAACAGCAAUGAUGAGGCUUCUCACAGUCAACAGAACAACCUGGAAACCAGGAACAACGACAUCAACGACCAACUCAACCAGAAUCAGAACGGGCAGAGCCAGGAGAGUGAACUCCCACCACAGGACAUGUCGAGUAACAGUAGGUGGUUGAUGUACAUGCAGAAACAGAAAGAAAAAGAGCACGAGGAGGAGGUGGAUGAGGUCCCAGAACCAGGGGUCCUCAAACGCCACCCCUCCCUCAGGGGGGACACCAGCCUCACUCAGAGGAAAGAGACCCUGGAGCAAGGACUCAAAGGAACCUCCCUCAUGCCUCCAAAAGUUGUGGAGGGCUUUGAGGAAAAGGACAAUAAACUCAAAGAUCAUAUAGACAAAUUCUCUAGUGGCCCAGGUGUGAUUGAAUCCAAAGAAAAGCAAGCACCUGUCGGGGAUAAAUCAGGGUUAAUUAGUCGUGCCAAAGAAGGACUUCAGCAGCAGAUAACUGUGAAAAAGCCUGAGCCUGUUCAGCCUGUGGAAGUGAAGAAGACAGAGAGUGAUGUUCAGUGGGAUAAGUUAUUGCAAAAAUUACACAGACCUUUGAAAAUCAAAGAUCUUGAUUUUACUGAUCUCAAAGACUCUGAGGAUGAGGAUGUGUUUGCUCCUCCAAAGUUUGAUCCAUCUUUGGGACCUCCACCACCUCCUGGAAUACCAGGAAUGAUCCCUCCUCCUCCACCACCUCCACCCUUUGGAGGUCCCCCUCCACCGCCUCCUCCACCUUUUGGAGGUCCCCCUCCCCCUCCCCCUCCACCAUUUGGAGGUCCUCCCAAGCCCGACACAUCAAAGGUAAACCUACCUCCACCACCUGGGGCAAAUUUGAAGAAAGUGAAAAAGACAAUAAAACUCCACUGGAAAACUGUUCAACCAGAAGCACCCCACCCUUCCACCAAAGGGGAAACAAUCUGGAAAGAUGUUAUAAAUGUAAAAGUGGACCCAGAUAAGCUGGAGCACCUGUUUGAGACCAGGAGUAGUGAGAUCAACAAAAAGCGUCAGGAAACAACAGGAAAGAAAGAAAUAACGGUGCUAGAUGCAAAGCGAUCCAAUGCAAUAAACAUCGGAUUAACAGUGCUCCCUCCCCCUAGGACGAUCAAGGCGGCCAUCUUAAAGAUGGAUAAUGCCAUUAUGAACAGAGAAGGCAUUGAGAAAAUUUUGACUGGCAUGAUUCCCACAGCAGAGGAGAAAACAAAUAUUCUGGAGGCCCAGAUGGCUAACCCAGAUAUUCCCCUUGGAACUGCUGAGCAGUUUCUGUUGACUCUGUCUUCCAUCAGCGAGUUGCAUGCUCGACUCUCUCUUUGGCUCUUCAAGCUGGACUACGAAACAAUAGAAUCUGAAAUUUCAGAGCCACUCUGUGAUUUGAAGAAAGGCGUUGACGAGCUGAAAAAGAACAAAACUUUUAAAUGUAUUCUGUCUGUGAUAUUAACGAUAGGAAACUUCCUAAAUGGUGCUCAAGCCAGGGGAUUCAGUAUUGAGUACUUGGCAAAAAUUCCUGAAGUCAAAGAUACAGUACACAAACACUCAUUACUCCAUCAUUUGUGUGCCAUCAUCAUCGAACAGUUCCCGGACACAACGGACCUGUACUCCGAGAUCGGAGCCCUGGCUCGCUGUUCUAGAGUGGAUUGGGAGGAGUUGGAACACAAACUGGGAAAGUUGGAGAGAGACUGUAAGAGUUCUUGGGAUCACUUACGUGCAAUAGCUAAACAUGAGGGUGGAUCAACAUCCAAUCUCAAAUCCAAGUUAUCUGAGUUUCUGGCUGAUGCAGCACAGAGGAUAAUGAUUCUUGAAAUUGUGUUCAAACGAGUGAUCAAUCGUUACCAUAAACUGCUCCUAUACAUGGGUAUUCCUCUACAUUUUGCUAAGGACAUGAAAGUGAACUCUUUCUGUAAAAUUGUGAGUGAAUUUGCUCUGGAAUACAGAACAACACGAGAAAAAGUGAUGCAGCAGCUGGCCAAGAAAGCCAACCAGAGAGAGAGAAAGAAGACCAGAGGAAAGAUGAUUGUGGAUACUGCCAACUUUUCACGAAGUCGGUCAAAAGAUGACGGGAACAUGAGUGAGGACCAGGCCAAUCUACACAAGCUUCUGUCCAAUGGGUACACGAGCUGUGAUGAACGGGGCCUCAAGGGUCGAGGUCGAAGAUCUGUAGGACCACUUGAAUCCAAGUUUUCAUCAUCGAGGGGUUGUGUAACGACGGACUCCGAGAUGUAUGAUACUGGAGAUGACGAGAUACUGGAAGCCUGUGUGAGGACGGCAACCGCCGCACCGACCCGAGCCCCCAGGGAAAGGAAGCGAGCCAGCAAACACCGAAAAUCUUGGUGGACUGAACAUUGCGAUGUGGAUACUGUGCGACGGACUUUGAAAAGUGGACUGAAUUCGGAUGAAAUCGACAUGGUGAAUUCUUUCUCGGAUGCUGUGUAGCAAUCUUGAUUUUCAGAAGCAAGAGCACAUAACUCCAGUUCAGCCAAUACAUGGGAAUUACGUCAACUUACACCACAUAUUAAAAACUAAUCUCAUUUCUUUAAAAUGAAAUUUGUACAAAAUAUCCAUUUUGGUCAAAGCUAGUGUUGGAUAGUAGAUUGUUAUACCAAUGUUUGAAUUGUUUUUCUUCAGACCAUCCUUGUAUCGACCAGUUUACUAAUCUAGUGUUCUGUAUAUUUAUAUUUAUGACUAUUGCAUCAUUGUAUUUCCUGUAUUUGAAUGCUGUUGGGUUAUUUAUACUGUGUGAAGGUUUUAUAGUCAGCAUCAACUGUCUCUGUAGACGGAGUUGUCCCGUUCAUUCAAGUCUUUCAGAUCUCUCAUUAUAGAAGUCCCUCAUCUUAUUCAAACUUUUAUCCUCAUCCUUAAUUUUCUCACAAUUUUAUAUUGGUUUUCAUAGAAAGAGAUUACAUCCCCCAUCACUUAAUGUGCUAUUUUUUUCCUUUUAUAAUUAUAGACACAGGGUAAAGGGAGGUUACUCUACUGACGAAUUACAUCUCAAUUUUUAUUUAACAUUUUGAACAAAGUGUGAUAUUAAAAAUUACCUUCACUGUUUUCUUUUUUUUAAUCAUUAAAAAGAGGUUAAAUCUCUCUGUUUGAACUGAACAAAAUCCGUAGGUCUUAUAAAAUCAGUCAAAUUGAUUAAGGAAAAAAAAAUUUUGGCUGGCGACAUUUUGAAGAAUAUUUUAAGCAUGAACAUAUACUCAAUCACAAUGUUGACCAACUGUAGGUUAUGUAAACUGUGAGGUACCAUGGUUUUUACAUUGUGAAUGAAUGUCUGUGAUAGAUUUUUAUUCAGUUGCAGGAAUCCUACAAGGUUAUCCUCUUUCGAUUAAACUCUUUAUUUGUCAAUUGUUUGUUAACUCUAUAUCUAUACUCAAACUGCUUGUUAAUGAAUCUCAGAGAUUUGGAUUUUUCUUUUCUUAAAUUUUAUGAUUUAUGAAUGUGAUACGUGUAUUUUGAUUAUUGACUGAUGGGCAAAAUACAUUUUAAUACCAUUGAAAGAAUAUUAAAUUUUCACCAUGGUGCAGAUUUUUUUGAAAAGUGUAUUUUAGAGAAUUGUAUGAAGAUCAGUGUAUUAAGUGAACAAAUUUAUUUAUUUCAGAUUUUAUGCUAUUUUGUUAUGUUGUUGAUUGUGUGUACAAGGGCAGGUGUGAAUUAUAAUCAGGUCAAGUACUUGUAUUUGCUAUUAAUGUAGUCAUCACUUAUUGAUGCAGUAUUAUUCAACAGAAAUCUAACAGUCUGAUUGUAACAACAGAUUUGUUAUGGUGCUUUCAAUGAUUUUUUGCAAUAAUUGAGAUAUAAAGCUUGGUUUAGAGAUUAUUCUGUGUAAUUAUAUAGUGUUUAGGUGUAAACAAUCUUUAGUUUUAACAUUUUAGCUGUUUGUUGUUAGGGGCAGUGGGCAAUAAUUGUCAUCAUCUGUCAAAAACUCAUCAGUGUUGCCAGAGAAACUAGUCAGUCAUUUUUGUAAUCUGACCUUUCAUUUGACCCCAUUCACCAGGAUGUCACAUUUGGGAGUGUCUCAGUUUGAUAUAUACACACAUUUUUUUAUUCAACAUCACAGACAAUUCCUGCCAUAUUUUAUGUAGACACAUUUUUCAAUAAAAGUAGGGUGAAAUCA